AUGGAAAUUAUGGACAUCCUGACCAAGUAUGGUCGCAGUACAAAGUCUGCGGCGGAUCCACCCGCACCACUGCUUCCUCCCAUCGACCAGUCCAACAACCACAUGCUCCCGCUCUUGCCGACCACCCCUCGGCACGCCAAACCGUCGGCGGCAAGAUCCAAGCCCAAAGCCAAAGCCCCCGUCGUACCGCAUUACUUUGUUCGGUCGACUUCACGCGACCCCACAGUCGUGGACAAGUCUUUGGUAUCGACGUCGGUGGCCGCGGACGUACCAAGGGGCGAGCUUGAGAGCUGGCCAUUGGGGGCUAGUGGCCGAGGCAAGCCACACCAAGACACGGACCACGACGUGAAGCACAGGCGACACAAAGACGACCAACGCGGCGCACAGCCGGCUAAACCAGCGUUCUUGCAGCACUUGGAAGCGUUUGUCGUGCGCGAAUUGAACGUGCUGGGCAUGUCCCCUUCCCCCGCCUGUGUCGGCGACAAUUCGUCGCUUCCCCCUCGUCUGGCGCGGUUGCAGGUAUUCCGAGAGUGCUUUCUCCGCCUUAUCGACGACUUCAAAACAUACAAGCCGCUGUUGCUGGCCAUCAAACAAGAGUACGAAGGGCUACUCGACAUGUACGAGCUGCGGGUGAGUAUGAUCCCGCAGUACGAAGCGACGAUCCAAACGAUGGAGCAAGAAGCCCAGCAAGCCAUCGCCGAACACAAUCUCGUCAACAAGAUGAAAGUCAAAGAGUGGAAGAAGCAACUCAAGUCGACGCAAGCCACGCUCGCGGCGUAUGCUGCAGCGAACGCGACUCUCACCGACACCACGUCCAAACUCACGACCGAAGUGAGCGACGCUGUGGCCAAAGUGGCAGAUCUCAUGGCGACCAACCAAGCGCUGCUGCACACAAUGAUGCGCCAGGACGACCGCCAAAAAGAACACGACUCCCACAUGAGCGAUCUCCAUGCGACCGUGCACAGCCUCACGGCCAAAUACGCCCGCGCGCAAGACGAGAUCCUCGAGCUACGGAAUUCGAUUGUGACGUUGGAGGACAAGGCUGGAGGGAUCGACGUAAAUGCAGACCGGCGAACAAUUGAGCACUUGACCCGCGAAGUUCAAGACUUGAUGGCCUAUCGAGUCGCACAUGAAAAGCCGCCGCACAAGGUCCCCGUGUUCGACGAAGCAACUUUCGUGGCAAAGGUGGUGGCGGAAUGGCAGACGAGUGUCCCAGACUGUGUGCUCCCGACCGAGCCAGCGAUCACAAGCAUCUCAGCGCUCGUCCAAGCUUGGAAAAUGUGCUGCAAUGCUGCCGUGGCACCCCAACCUGUGUCAUCGUCGCCCGCCAAGCCCCCUACCACCCCAGCAACCACAACGACCGACACCCCCGCAACUAGUGUCUUCAUCACGGGUUUGAUUCCCGACGAGCGCAAUGAACGUGUGGACGUCCUGCCGGACAUUGGCGACUACUUUGUCGGUCGGGGGACGGGCGACGCCGUCCCGGACUACUUGCAAUACGAAGGCCACGUCCGAAACAAAUUUUACUCGAAACGGGACACCGAACGGAUCAUCAGCGAUGUGUGGCUGCAAAAGGCGACAGCUGAAAAGCUCAUUGUCCGAGAUCCACCCCCGCCACAUGGAACCAACGCCCGACGUACGACGAAUGGUAGCAGCAACAGUCAAAGGAUGACCACCGCGCGCAAGUCGUCCGUGUCGACGACAGUGCCGCCGACCGCCGGGGCUACGGCAUCCCCGUGCUGUAUCCCGCUCCGACAGUACUUUCACACGUACUUGACCAAGAAAUUUCCCGUCCGUACAGACGCGAUUGAGUGUACGACCUCCCCCCUCAAAAUCCCAUUCGACGCCCCUGUCAUCACCAGCAACAUCCUUGGAGGAUCCAUGGCAACUAACGGUGUACCCCCAGGCGCCUACAACCUCUGUGCCGCACUGGAGCAGUACCAGUACGACAGCGAGUGCCGAAUCUUUCAGCUGAUCUUGGACGGCGAUAUCCCAGAAGACGCCCGAGCCGACCAGCUGCGAGUCGUGUACGCAGUGUACGAAGCCUUUGUCGCGCUCGACAAGAACGAGUACGUUGCCGUCGGCCCCGCGCUGCGCGAGCUCCACAUUUUGUUCCCAUGGAAGAGCGACGAGUCGAUGGCGGCGUUGAGUCGGGCAUUGCUCAUGGAAGCCAAGGGCCAACCGCACUUGAACUACACAACCCUGCUGGAACAAGACCGCAAUGGGAACCAGUCUACGUUUUGCGAAUGCAUCCGCAGUCAGCACCUGGACGAACUAACAACUCUCAAGCGUUCUCUGCUGCGCGAGCUCCAAGUAGAGGAGCGCUGUGCGGGACCAGACAACAACGGCAUGAUCAGUUUGGAUGCGGUUCGCCGUGUCAUUCGAAGAUGCGAUCCUAGCCGUCCCGCUGCCGCCGUCAACGUCCUCAUGGUCGAGUGUACGAACUUGCCUCUGGAUCGGGUCGAGUCGGAGACGUCGACCCUGAUCAACGCGCACGGCGUUCGUUCCAAGUUAGCCAGCAUGUUGAUUAAGCCAGCGGGGAAGCUACCCGUCCUGCCGUAA